AUGCGGCGGUUGAUGAAGCAGUUGGUUCGGGACUUUGAGCCCUUUAUGUUUGUUAUGGUGAUGGCCUCUGGUAUCUCCAGCAACUUGCUGUAUGAUUUCGCCUUUCCUUCACACUGGAUGCGUGUUUGCUCAUACAUCAUGUUUGGUAUUGCGUGUGCUAUAUUCAUCGUGUUGCAAAUAUACGUAUUUGUACAUGCAUACUAUUCUAUCAAGAAGGACUCUUUCAAAGUGUAUUUUAAAAGAUACUAUGCCGGCGUCACGUAUGGCCCCUUUUGGGGUGCAUACCCUAUGGGUUUGGCUACUAUUAUCAACUACAUUUCAUUCCUUGCAAAUAAUGAAGCUGCUGGUACUGGCAACGCCAAGCGUCUCAUAGUGCUGGCCUAUGCUCUAUGGUGGUAUGAUCAACUUAUCUCUUUAUUAACUGCAUGGGGUGUUUCCUUUCUCAUAUGGCAAAAGUAUGAUUUUGACAAAAACGAUAUUAGUCCCCAUGUUACUCCAAAUCAGAAAUCAGCAGCAGAGACUCUGAAAAGUGUGCUUCUGUUGGGAGUCAUACCUCUGGUGGUUGCAUCUUCAAGCCUGGGUGGCUUUACAAUGAGUCCCAUCUUUAUCAAAUAUUUUGGGAGACACAUUCAAUUACUUAACAUAUUCGUGUGCGCCUUGAGUUUGUUUCACGCACUGAUAUUUGUGUUUUUCAUUAUUACAAUUUACAUUUGGAGUCUUUAUGUGAAUAAGAUUCCUCCCAUGGGCCAAGUCUUCUCGAUGUUUUUGAUCUUGGGUCCAUUAGGUCAAGGAAGUUACAGUUUCUUGUUGAUAGGUGAGAAUGUUGAAAAAUACACCCAUUUAUAUUACAGACCUGGGCAUCCUUAUUAUAACGAACUCCUUGUUGAAAUAAUUCCUUGGUGCUUUAAGAUCAUCUUCUUACUGUUGGUGUUAGCCUUAGUAUCGUUGGGAUAUUUUUUCACCUUCCUUUGCUUUAUCUCCAUUCUUUCUUACUCCAAGACAAAGGACGCCACAGGGCCCAAGGUGAAGAGAAUAUACACUUUCCACAAAGGUUGGCUGGGAAUGACUUUCCCAAUGGGUACAAUGAGUCUAGCUAACAAGGAGAUAUAUGUUAUCUACAACAAUUAUGUCCCAGUAAAGACAUUCAGGUACAUUGGUGCUAUUUACGGUGGUGUCUGUAUCUGUUGGACUAUCAUAUGUUUAACACUGACUCUGUUACAAUCAAUUAUAAAGCCUGUUUACUUUAGAUAUUCUAAAUGGAAGGAAACUGAAGAAAACACAAGUACUGAGAAAUCUUUGGAGAGCAGCAAUGAUAUUCAAGAGUCCUGUCAAGAUGAUUUUACGAGAUUGGUAUGA